AUGCAAGUAGCUGCCUCAGAUGGAUUCACCUCUCAACUUGAUAUAAGUGCCGGAGUUCUACAGGGUGAAUCAUUAAGCCCGAUUCUAUUCUCAUUAUUUCUCGCAGACAUAGAAACAUUUUUUCUCGAUAGCGGGGUUACUGGCAUAAACAUCGGAAAUAAACGAGACAUCGUAUUAUUACUUUAUGCUGACGAUUUAGUCAUCGUAGCAGAGUCUGAAGUGGAAUUAGGUAAGAGUCUAAGAGCACUGGAAAGAUAUAGUGACCAAAAUUAUCUUAAAGUUAACACUAGCAAAACCAAAAUAGUUGUUUUUUCUAGAGGAGGCGGUAUCCCAAAAGCCUGUACUUUCAGUUAUAAGAACAAACCUAUCGAUAUUGUCUCUAAAUUUACAUAUUUGGGCAUAACUUUUUCGUCUUCUUCGCUUUUUAGAGAAAUGGCAUAUGAUACCGUUCAAAAGGCCAAACAUGCCAUUGGAGCAACAAUACCGCUCAUGACAAAAACCAAGAUGGAUAGUUGGACAUCCCAAAUACAUCUGCUAAAUUCCUUAAUUCUUAGCAUAGUAACUAACUGCAUUGUCAUUGGGGGGUUACGAUACGCCGACAUACUAGAACGGGUGCAAUUAACAUUUUUAAAACCUAUCCUUUUGGUUCCUAUCAAUACGCCAGAUUUUGCUGUUCGUCUUGAAACAAGUACAGCUAAAUUUUCACUUGUGAUAUUUCAACACAUGCUAAACUGGCUCAUUAAACUUUAUGAGAUGGAAGAAAAUCGACUACCUAAAAUGUGCUUUCUACGUCAACUGGAAAUCACAAGGAUAGAGAAUAAAUAUAAUUGGGCAUCACAGGUUAAAAAUCUGUUAGAAUUUGCAAACUGUCAAAGAUCAUGGAGAGAUAUCAAUGUAGCGUUCCUAAAAGCAAACAAAAAUGACUUAAUAGACACAUUUAAACAAAAGGUAAACCAAAAUGAUUUGCGACAACUGAAUGACUCAUCAUUUCUCACUUUUUAUAGGGCUUUAGACCUGAGCGAUCAACCGCAACAGUAUCUUCAUAUUCGAAUGCCUCUACAAUUCACCAGAACAAUAGCACAACUUAGACUGUCGAAUGAGUUUUGUAUUCGGUUCACUUUUCAAGGACUAACAUAUAAGAUUGAUCCAAAGCAGUUAUGUACAAUAUGCAACAAACGUGAGCUGGAAACUCUGCGUCACCUUCUGUUCGAAUGUCCUAUUUACACAGCAAUGAGACCACAGAAUAUUACCAAUCUGUUAAAUCCAGAAUAUUUAGCAAACACCCUGAAUAAUAUUACACCCUCUACCGCGAAAACAAUUUCAAAUCAUAUAUGGAAUAUUCUGAAGCUACGAGCUUUCGUAAUUAACGAAUAA